AGUUGAGCUCAAGCUGUUGCACACACACGCACAAACACACACAUCGAAGUGAGUGUUUCGGAACCGGUUUUUUUUUAAAUAUAUAUUUUCUUUUUUGGAGAACAAAAAAGCGCACCGGCAUGGAAAUAUUGGAGAACUGAAUUCGAGCCACCUCGAGGAGUGCCGAGCAGCUCCGAUCCUCCUGCAACACUUUUUGAGCCCCACAAACGAGAGGACGCGCACGGCGUUUACGCACAGCAUUCCCUGAGCCGGGGCUGGAGGAUACCCGGCUGGAGCGCACACGGACCGGGUUGACAACCUGGAGGGAUACUUACAAUAGAAACGCAAGUCCUGUGAAGAAGAAUAGCGCAGGGAGGAGGAGUGAAAGAUAACACUGGAAUGAAGAGGACCUCGAGAUUCCUGGCGUGCUGCGGAGUUGUGACUGAUGGAUGAAUGUGGUCAUCUGUAGGCUAUAAACGGCGACAGGUACAGAACCCAUCAGGGGAGCCUUGACAAAGACGCGGCGCUGAGCGUCACCAGCAGCCGCAGCGCCAGAUUUCGUCCCCCAAAAACUCUCCGAUUGGCUCAAUUUUCCUGAUCCGAUUGAGUUUUCCCCACAGGGUGAAGGAAAAAGGUCGCGGGGGACUGCUUUUUUGUCUCAGCCAGCCACAGGUCAUUCAGGACACUCGGGGCUACUCUCCUCCAGAACCUGCGCACAGAUCAGUCAAGCAAGGACACGGGGUCUGGAGGAAAUUCUAAAGAAGUCGCUUAUUGGGACAUGUAUCUGAUAUCGACCUCGCAUGCUCCCGACUGAUCGCAGCUCACCUUCCCACCGGCCGAACCUCACAUAAAGGCUGCCAAGCGCGCUGUCCCACGUCGCUUCUGAGUUCUCGGCUCUUCACAUUUAUCAGAAUGGCGGGACUCGCUUGUUGGAAAUAUUACCUUUGGAUCUUUAUUUUAAUGUGCAGGUCGGGGCUGCCUUCAGCCAAAACGCUGGAGACCAUCAUUUGGAGCUCACAGAAUCCCAAGUUUCUUGCCGGAAAAGGCUUAGUGAUCUACCCUGACAUCGGAGACAAACUGGACAUCAUCUGUCCCAAAGCGGACCAAGGAAGAGAUUAUGAGUACUACAAGCUGUACCUGGUGAAGAGAGAGCAGGCGGAGAGCUGCAGUACUGUACUCGAUCCAAAUGUACUGGUCAACUGCAACAAGCCUGAGAAGGACAUCAAAUUCACUAUCAAAUUCCAGGAGUUCAGUCCAAACUACAUGGGCUUGGAGUUCAGGAGGAAACUCAACUACUACAUCACCUCGACUUCCAACGGCACAAUUGAGGGCCUGGAGAACCGAGAGGGAGGCGUUUGCAAGACCCGAGCCAUGAAAGUCAUCAUGAAAGUCGGACAAGUCCCGAAUGCAGCAAACCCUGAUGCGCCUGAGACUCCGGAUGACAACACCAUACCUGAGUCCAGUCCUAUUACGCCCAAAACCAAUGAGAUAAGACCUGAAGAACCAGGAAGUCCAGACCACAGGAAUCAGGACCAGACAGGGUCUUCUGCUACAGACGGCAUCCUAGGCUCCAAAAUGGCUUUGUUUUCCACCAUCGCAGCCGGCUGCGUCAUCUUCCUCGUGCUCAUCCUCCUCCUCGUCAUCCUCCUUAUCAAGAUGCGCAAACGUGCCAGGAAAAACUCCCACUCUCAGGCCCGCCCCUCCGCGUUGUCGCUCAGCACGCUGUCCAAUCCCAAACUCCCGGGCACGGCGGGCACGGAGCCCAGUGACAUCAUCAUUCCUCUGCGGACAGAGAACAACUACUGCCCUCACUAUGAGAAGGUGAGCGGCGACUAUGGCCAUCCAGUCUACAUUGUCCAGGAGAUGCCUCCACAGAGCCCUGCCAACAUCUACUACAAAGUCUGAAGGGCUUCAUCUAGCCAGCAAUGCGGUCAAGAGAGAGAAAAAGAGGAGCGCCUGAUUUACGUUCUUGGGAAAACACUUUCCUUUGCAAUCUGGGGACUUGAUGCCUCUUCAAGCCCCUGUUAUUUCUACCACCUGCUGCACAAAUCUGGAGAAACACGCAGCGACCAGUAAACCAGCGGGGAUGAGAGCUGCCUGAUGAAAGAGGGUUUACCCUGUUUGUUUGAGUUGUCUGACAUUCCCCCACCUUCCAUCCUUCCCCAUCCACUCCCACCCUCCGCAUCUCCCUGCUGUGUUCUGGCAGGGGGUGGGGGUGGGGGGGCGUGGCUGGAGCAACCAACCAACAGAUGGAACUCAAGCUUCGUGGUCCCUUUUUAACAGACAGGAUAUAACUUAUCUCAGCUCCCUGAAGUACAGUCUGUGCUACACCCAAUUAAACACACCGUCCUAGCACACCAGCCGGGAACAGGCAGACAUGGGCCUGAGCGCCACUCAGCCUGCAUUUCCUCUCUUUUUCCUUUGUGCGAGUGGAGAACAAGUGUGUGCGUGCGCGCCUCAAAGCCUGUGUGAUAGUGGGGGCCUCGUGCCGGGCCAGGAAACUCUCCAGAUAGCUCAGGUAUAUUACAAAGUGUGUGAAAUAAAGUGUUUCUCCUCCCUUCGCACCUCUGACGUUUGCCUUACUUACUAUUUUUAAUGGAGGAUUUCCUUGAACCCUGAUUCAGUUCACAAAGCAGUUGUAUUUUGUUAGACUUUUCCUACAAGUGCACAAUGUAUAGGAGUUAAUAGAUCAUUGGUAUAACUCAGUCUCUUCACCACCCAUCUCAUCCAUUGCGCUCAUUUCUUUUUUUCUUGAGGAAAUACUUUGACCUGGACUGUAGACGUCGAGGUGUGUAGUUGUGUGUGUAUGUGUGUGUGUAGCUGAUAACUCCCUCCUCCGUUGUUUUUAAUACAAGUUUCCCCAUCACUCUGGUAUUUAUGACCUGCUUGUGUGUAUUUCGGGGAGUGUCCUCUAGAUGUGUCUGGGCAUGUCUAGGCCAUUUUUUUUUUCUAAUGUGGGAAAACCGGCUUUGUGGGAGAAUUUUACUGUAUCGGCCAUAAGCUGUAAAAACAAGACAGACUAGAGUCGACAGACAGACAAGCCCGAGAUCUAACAAAAACCUCUUGUGGCUCCAGUUGGCAGGAAUUGAGGAUAUUGCUGUCUGAUAGGCUGUCAGUGUGGGGGUUUUCAACACAGCAGGCAGGUUUGUAUGUAUUUGUUUUCAUCCUCUGGUGCCACAGUUUAAGCAUCAAAUGGUUAGAUUGAUGCCUGCUGCCUGGGUGAGGAGGUGGGCUGUGAGAGGAUGGGAGGGGCUGCUGAUUGGUUGGCCUAUAUAGGCAGAGUGCCCUAUAUGUAAGUUGCUGCUGAAAACCGGGAUACAGUAUUAUCAGAUGCCAAUUGGCUGCCAUCUGUAGAUGAGUCAUUGGAGUGCGCAGUAAGUGGUGUCGCCAGCGUGUGACUAAUCUCUGUGCCAUCUUCAUGCCCACACUCAGUCGCCAGGGAGGACAGAGCGGCAGAAAAAAGGAGAAAAUGUUCCUUCGACUUGGCUUUGACCUGAGUGUUUGAUGAGGCUGUGCUACUAUUUCCAUUUUUCCAUCCUCUCACUGGUUGUGGAUAAAGAUUCUAUACAGGGUAUCACAGUCAAAGUGGCGGCGGGCACCAUGCAGGCCUGAGCAGUGAACUGGAGCUGCUAUAUGAACUUCUAGGUGCAAGAUUUGCACCUAUUUUCACAUCUCUCACAUCUGUGAGAGAUGUGGUGCUGUGGUGGGGCAGCCAAACAGACUUGUUUCGGGACUGGCACUGGGCGCUCCAAACAGUGUGGCUGCCAAGCCUGGGAGCGCCACGAUCCAAGCUAAUGAUGUGUGAGAGGAGAGGGGAGCAGAUAAGGACAUCCAUUCUUCAGCGCACAGACCCGAGCUGUCAUUCCAUGCACACACAAAUACACCGAGACUGACGGGUCCAGGUUUAUCUCCAGUCUAAUGGUCAGAAUGGCAGUUAGUGUUUAUUUUCUGGCAGAGGCACCCAUCAUCCGCUGCCACGCACGGCGCUGUCGCCAUCACCGGACAAACUCUGCUGAGUUAAAAGGCAGUGCAGCCUGAAGACUCCGGGAAGAUUCCUAUGGCUCUUGUGUGCCGUUAACCUCAGAGUUAACAACCUAAACAGCUGCUUGUGCUUUUGUGGUUCUGUGUUUUAACUCAGCAUGCAGCCCUCGGUGGCUCUCUGCGAAACACAUCGAGAGCAUAUAUUUUUGUUUCGGAUCGCUGCGCAUCCGUUCAGCUACACCAGCUUAGGGAGUCAUUAACAAAUUACCAUGAACCAUAUCUCAUUUUGUUCAUUCUAGUGACCACUUAAUGUUAUUCAAAUUUGGGUAGGAGGAAGAAAAACAAGAAAAAGAAAAAAAUUGUAAAUAUAUGGACAGAGCCCGAAUUAAGAUGUAAUUUCACCUUGAACACUGCUCAUAAGAAAAUUUAAGAUUAGAUUUUUGUAAUGGAGGAUGUUUGUAAAUAGCCGUCUUUUUAAAGUGUGUUUUGUAUAAAUCCUUGCAUUUUUUUUGUCCCUGUGACAUGUUUUUAUUUCCCUUUUCCUUUAGACUUCAACUACGUAUUGCAACAGUCACAUGAGCUGUCUUUUUACGCAGCCUCCAGUAUUGUUAAAGAGUUGUUGUUACCACACGUGUUUUAAAAAAGACAUGCGUUGGGCCUUUGCUUUUUAACAGGAACUGCAGUCACUCAGAGCUUGUUCAGGACUUUGUCACCCAGUGGCUGAGAAAUAAUAGGUCGCUGAAACAUGUAGAAGACAGCACUUAACUCUGCAUAUGAAGACUGUGUGAUUUAGUCUCCCUUUGAGUUCAGCCCUAAAAAAGCAAAACGAUUUGGGUUUUAAAAAGCUGAAAGUGCAGGAUAGAGAAAGAGGCAGAUAAGGAAGAGGAGGAGCGGAGAAAACAAAAAAAAAAGAAAAAAAAGAGGCCAUGUAUGAGAGUGCGACCGUGGUGCGCUCUCCAAUAAAUCAUCUGGUUUACACCACUCAUUAUCUCCCAGGCGGUCCUUUGUUUUAAAGAUGCUCUCUCCUUCUUCUCUCCCUCCGCCCCUCUCUUUUGUCAUCCCUCUCUUACUAAUUUAGCUCAAGGAUUUCGGUUGCCUAUGAGCCUCACUGUAGGUUGGUUUCUGCCACUGCUUAAAGUCACAGUAUUAUUUCUCAGUGUGCACGUGAAAGCAAAAACCUGUUGAAUUUAUUUCCCUUUGUUUAAAUCACAACUGUCAAGUUUUGUCAUUUUAGUUAAAUUUUGUUCUUUUCUUUUGCCAUUCACUUAUUUGCCGCUUCUCAGCGUAACCUGUUGGCACCAGCUGCAAUGGAAAUUAUGUUCCACCAGUUUGGAAACUACCGCAUAUUGAUAAAUAAAGUUUUUCCCAUGGAAACUUG